UCAAUUACUAAACAGCAGAGAGAGAGAGAGAGAGAGAGAGUUCAUGUUUGACGUAUAUUACAUAUUGAUACGUUAUCGUAAUUUGCACGUUUUGAUCGGCCCGUGUGUGACUGUGCUUGCGACGUUACGACAAUGCACGACGUCUUCAAUGACGCCGAUCGCCUAACUAUCCAAACAAAAGCCCGAGUUUAAAAUGUUUAAGCCCUGGAGACCCGAGUCCUCCAGGUGAAGGGAAUCUGCCCAGUCAAGUGUCCUACUUUGACACUAUCACUCUGAGCCAAUGAACCCAUGGGAAAGACGAAACCAACUCGUACGACAAUGAAAGGUGUUCGGAAAACUAGAAAAAAGCAACCUACAAAGACACCAGGAGAGAAAGUCGCCUCAGGCUCCGUUUCAUCUCAAGCCACUGAAAAUGCAAAUGCUGUGCCAGGCAGUGAUGUGGCCACUGUCAGCCUGCUCACUGUGGGAAUCUUUCCAAGUCCUCCAAAAAGAGGCAGGAGACGGAUGGGACAGACACAAGAAGCACAUCUGACCUCCACACCUGUCCACAGCUCCUCCACUGACGUCCUGUGCAGCAUAUCAAAGUCUCCUACCGAAGCAAAACAGGUGGAGCUCGAGUACACUGAACUCAUCACUCAGUUAAAGACGUCAGAGGUAGAUUCACCGUGCUCCCAAUCAAAUCAAAUCAAAACUCAAAGCAGACGUAGGGGGGCCAAUGCUUCCCAGCCGAGACAAGUUUGUAAAAGGCUGAUAAAGGAGCAAGCGCAGACCUGCAGUCCAACCAACGGUCCUGCAGCCAAGUGCCGACGAGGCAGGCCGCAGAAGGUUGAGAAGGGGGAUUUACAAAAGGACACCACUACUCAGAUAUCCAAACGCUCCAGACCCAGAUUUGAACUGGAGAAGCUUGACGCAGCAACGCAAGACGAGUCAUUGCUGCUGUCUUCAGAUCUAUCAAUAGAGCUGAGUCACCAUGAGGAACCGCUGCCAUCUUUGUCCUUCCAGGAAGAUGAAGGAAGUGAGGAGGAUGAGCUACCAAGUUUCUUGAUGCAGGUGGACAAAAAGCCCACGUCCAUUACAGGGGGAGUGUUUGUGUGGCACAAAUUUAGAAAUCAUCCAUUCUGGCCAGCAUUGGUGAAAAGUGUGAACCGUAAGCAGAAAAAAGCCAGUAUCAUGUUCAUUGAUGACCCAAUGAUUCACAAAAAGAAAGGGUUUACUGUGGCCCUGAAAACUCUGAAGCCAUUUGACUGCGAAGAAGCCAAUGAGCUACGGUGUAAAGCCAAAGAGAAGUAUGAUGCUGCAAUUGAGUGGUCCUGGGACCUCAUAACAGAUUACAGAAUACGGAUAGCCUGUGGCUCAUUUUCUGGCUCCUUCAUCGAGUACUUCGCUCAUGACAUGAGCUAUCCAGUAAGGAGAACGUACCCGCAGGCAGCCUCUGAGAGACUAAACAUCACCAGUGACACAAUGAUGGAGGCGCUGUGUGGCGGUCAUAAGGAGGACAGCUUGAGUGAGCAGCAUGAGGAGGUCGGCAGGAGUUCAAAGAGGCUGCUGCCAGACCGUAGUCAUGCCGCCCACAACCGUGCUAAUGAGAAGCUCGUAAAUUUCAUUGUAAAGCAGCGCAUGGUGGACGGACGCCUUCUGGCUGUGAUCCGUGGGCAGCAGCAGUCCAGAUGGCUUCGCUCCUUUCGGAGUGCCAGUCGGAGACGGGUGGUGAACAUAUACCUGGAAGAUGACCAGCAGUUGGACCAGGUCUACUGGUACCUGAAUGAGCUCUAUGCAACUGCCGGGGCCACCGCCCCUUUACUGGCAGAGAUCAAAUCUAUGGAGCGUGUCCCUUUUGUUCUAGAUGUGCUUCUUCCUGAGGCCAUCAUCUAUGCCAUAGCUGGGGUGGACAAUGUCACAGUAAAAAAGGCAGAAGAAAAGUACCUAAAAGGACGAUGUAUAAGCAACCGGGAAAGGCAGGAGUUUGACUUGAUGAUUGACCGGCAGAUGAGGAAAAAAAUCAAAGUGUCAGAAUACUUCAGUGGCGCUAUGCGCUGACGCCAUCAGUUAGCAGAGUAUUGUAAAACAGGAAACCUAUUUUUGUAUUCUUUUUUUUUUUUUUAUCGGCAUUAUAGCAGUUUUGUGUGCGCUUUUAUUAAUAAUAAUAAUGAUGAAUUAAUUAAACUCUCCUUUGACCCCUCUUAAAUUGCAGUGUAAAUUGCUUAAAAGUUGUUCAAGGGGGGGGACUCACAGAAACACCACAAAAUUGAUGUUAAGACGUCUACAGUAAUAAUGAUAACACAUGUUAGACAAUCUGAACUUUCAUAACUACGUUACUGUUUACUAACAAUAUACUGUAUACACUGCCAAAUCCCUCACAGAGCUAUUCUCAUACAUUAAAGAAUUGCUGUCUGUA